UCGCGAGGAAAUUGAAAUUCUCCACCAGGUGACAAUGGGAGCCCGCGACGAACGAGUGAGAGAUAAAGGCCUGGAAAACUCCAUGUGUUUGGAUGAUUUGACAAACUACGCGAUAAACAGGGAGAUGCUGCUGAAGCAGAAGGAGAAGACACGUCAUUCAAGAGAGAACGAGGGCUCCGGAGUACUAUCUGCGGUAGACCAAGAGUGGAAACAUAAGUCAUCGACAGUUGAGCAACAUGGAACACGUUGGAACCAAGUCAAGCGCAAGGAGGUAGAGUGUGACAAUUGCGGAUCAUGGAAGCAUCGAAACGAUUCGCGUGAAUGUUCGGCUCGGGCGGCUAGAUGCAACCACUGUGGACGCAUAGGCCAUUAUGCAAGAAAGUGCAGGUCGAGAAGAAACGUGCCAUGGAAUAGCAGACGACCUUACCGAAAGUUUGAUGGAGCAAAUUCGUUGCGAGAGGGAGAUCGAUACCACCAUCGCGGACGGAUUGUUGCUCGACGCCCACUACCGGACAUACCGAAGGUGCAUAAGAAAGAUGAUGGAAUAAUUACAUGCAAAAUCGACACUUUUCCGGUGAGUUUCUUAAUAGAUUCCGGGGCGGCCAUAAAUACACUUACUGAGCGAGAUUGGAAUGACUUGUCAAAAAGUGCAGCGAAAAUAUACAAAAAACGCUUCAAUUGUGAUCGACAGUUUACUGCAUACGCAUGUCAGGAGCCUCUGCAGGUAGUCAUGAUUUUCGAGGCAUGGGUCUCAGUAAACGACAACAAACCAAAAACCUACGCAGAAUUUUUCGUCAUCCAAGGAGCGAAAAAGUCACUGCUGUGCAAAAGAACUGCAGAAGAACUCAAGGUACUACAAGUUGGCCUUGAUGUCUGUCACAUUGAAUUGAAAACCAAUGCUUUUCCGAAAUUUCCGAAUGUGCAAGUAAAGCUGUCGGUGGAUCCAAACGUUCCUCCGAGAAAGCUAGCAUACUUGCGUAUACCAGUUGCAAUGGAAGAAAAAGUCGACCAAAAACUCCUUGAAAUGUUGCACAGCGAUGUCAUUGAACCAGCUAUAGGUCCACCUGAAUGGAUAUCACCGAUGGUGGUCGUUCCAAAAGGAAAGAGUGAUAUUCGCAUGUGCAUCAAUAUGAAGUAUCCCAACCAGGCCAUCCAGCGAGAACACUAUCCGCUCCCCAUGAUCGACACAUUACUGAAUAAGCUGCGAGGAUCUAGAUGUUUCUCAAAACUCGAUAUAACUUCCGCUUUUCAUCACAUUGAGCUUCAUCCAGACUCCCGAGGAAUCACGACAUUCAUGACCGGUAGGGGCCUCAUGCGCUUCAAGAGAUUGAUGUUUGGUAUCAAUUGUGCCCCGGAGAUAUUUCAACGGGUUAUGACAGAAAUGCUUUGCGGUAUCGAAGGAAUAAUUGUGUACAUUGACGAUGUGGUGGUUUCCGGAAGAAACCGAGAAGAACAUGAUGCACGUCUGCGGGAAACGCUUGCGGUUCUUAAGGAAAACAAUGCGUUGCUGAACAUGGAAAAUGCGUAUUUGGCGUGGAGAAGCUUGAAAUAUUGGGCUACGAAAUGCCCAGAGACGAAGGAGGAGGUCCGUAGUUUUCUGGGCCUCGUGAACUUUAUCGGACACUUCAUACCAGAUUUGUCAACAAGGACAGAGCCAUUACGUCUAUUCAUUAGAGGUGAGGUAGCUAAUUUCGGCGAGCAUCAACGUGAAGCAUUUGAAGACUUGCGCAAUGAGAUAUCGAACAACGUUCAAAGACUGGGAUUCUUCGAUCCGGCGGAUAAAACUGAGUUAUAUGUCGACGCGUCUCCAGUCGGACUUGGGGCGGUUUUAACGCAAAGAAAUAGCGCAAACGAUGCACGGAUUGUUAGCUUUGCAUCUAAAGGUUUGACGAAGACUGAAAGAGUUUACCCACAAACUCAGCGGGAGGCAUUGGCGGUUGUGUGGGCUGUUGAGAAAUUCUACCCGUAUUUGUUUGGGACGAAAUUCGCGGUAUUCACAGACCAUAAGACGUUGGAGUACAUAUAUGGAGGAAAGCACCAAAACGGAAAGCGAGCUUGCACAAGAGCUGAAGGUUGGGCCCUUCGCCUCCAGCCUUACGAUUUCACGGUCCACCACAUUCCAGGAUCUUCCAACAUCUCGGAUAUAUGUUCUCGGUUGUGUAAGAGUUCAGAUGUCCCAUUCGAUGAAACAACAGAGCACUACUUAUGUUCCAUCGGAGAGAUCCAUAAUGCUAUUACUCUUGAAGAAAUUAAAACCGAAACAGCUCGUGAUGAAACCCUGUCUGCGGUUAUCAGGGCAUUAGCAACUAAAGAUUGGUCUAAAGAGUUAUUCCGCUAUCAGGCUUUCGAAAAAGAGCUAGGAGUGAUCGAAGAUAUAGUCGUUAGGGAGGAUAGAAUUAUCUUACCACUGAAAUUGCGCCAGAGAGCCCUGGGAAUCGCUCACCGUGGCCACCCAGGAAUAGUGGCUAUGCGCCGAAAUCUACGAGACAAAGUAUGGUGGCCGUGUAUGGACCGAGACGUUGGGGAAUUUGUACAGCAAUGUGCUGGUUGUGCUGCCGUAAGUCGAAUGGAUGUGACUGAACCAAUGCAACGGAAAUUAAUGCCAAAACCGAGCAUGGCAAGAGAUAGCGAUAGAUUUUUCUCUGCUAAAGAGUGUGCUACAUUUUGGUCGUCAUUGACUACUAUAGCCGCUUCACGAAGGUUGUUGAGAUGA